AUGAAAACGCGACUGUGGAAAAUGCCACUUGAAAUUCUACUUCUACUUGAAACAGUUUGUAUAAAUAGCUAUCAAGUGCGGCACAUAUCGAGGCGAAGCAUUGUCUUACUUAUUGUUCAACGUAGCUCUAAAUUUCCUCAUUCAGGGAAAAUUUUGCAAUAUUUCUAUAUAUAUACUCCAACUUUAUGCGCAAAUGACUGCGAUAAGGAUAAGUUCUAUAUGGAGCUUCAAUUAUUAACAACAUCUCUAUCUAGAUGUGACAUGGUUAUGAUGAGGAGAGACUGGAAUGCGCGCAUAGGUCAUGAUACCGUCACAAUAAAUUCGGUGAUUGGCAAAUGUGGCAAUGGAGUACAAUGCGCCAAUGGAAAAUGGAAAAUGGAAAAUGUUUUGCUGAACAGCAUGAACCCUUAUCGACUAUAUAUUGGCCAGGCACCGCUGGAAGAGUUUUGUCGUUCUUAUCGGGACACUGAAAUUGGUAACUGUCAUGGAUCAAAUCAUGUUAUGGUUCGAACCAAGAUUUAUAUAAAAUUGACAAGUCGUAAGAAAUCGAAAAUCGUAAAAGACGUAUCCUAA